AUACGUCUGAAGUCAGUGAUAUCAGCCAUGGCAGACAUUUUAACGCGUGUGUUUAAGACUUUCAUGUCUCAAAGUGAUUUAGCGGUGGGACAGGAAGUGGUGCCCGCGCCGGGCCGCAGUGCACUGCUGCUAGGGGAGCACAGCCUGGGCCGCUCCGUGCUGCUGCUGGCCGCCGUGACCGCUGCCUCACAGAUGGACCUGAAGGUUAUUUUCUUCACCCAGACACACAUUGAGAGCCUCCCGGUGUCUCUGCAGAAGCGCAUUCCCAGCCUCAGCCCAGGGAGUUUAAAGAAAAUCAAGUUCUCAUAUCCCAGGACAGUAGAGGAACUGCUUCAGCAGGUGGCCAGUCUCCAUGAGUCCCCCAACCUGUCUCCCACACCCCCGUCACUGAUUAUAGUGGACAGGCUGAACACCUAUCUGUGUGCAGGCUGCAGCCACAGUGGGUUUCACCCCGGGGAACAGUCCUGCGCUGCUCAUGUGUCUGCACUGCUGUGUGAUACCGCUGCCUUUCUUACACAAGUCCUGGAACAGCGAGCCUCAAGUUCGGGCCCCUGUCGUGUCCUUGCCUCUUUCCAAUCAGAGAGUGACACUGAGGGAACCGCCGGGGACGCUUCAACAAUAGACCCCAUCCUGGAUGUACUGGAUCGCUAUUUCCAGGUGCGGUGUACUAUGGACCAAGACAAAAGCUACGAAGCCACUGCAGCUGGACUGCAGCAGGUGUGGAAUAUAUAUUUUUCUGGAUCACUGGUCACAAAUGCCCCCUGCAGCAAUGAGACCGAUGACAAGGCAGGCGCAGCCAGACAGUGUAAGCUGCUUGUUUUACCUGAUGGUCUAAUUGAGUUUAGGCUGGUUUUAGAGAGACUUCAGCAGUGAAUAGCUAACCAAUGGACAUUUUGUUAAUUGCAAAUGUUGGGUGGGGGUCUAGGUGUGUGUUAGUAAAGCCUGUUCGCAUAAAUGGAGAGAUGGGAAUUUGAACAUUUCAGAUAAAUAAAUCGAAUUUUCACCACUUUUGUAGCUGUAAAUGAAUGAUUCUAUGGUAGUUUUUUUUUUUUAUAUUCUAAUGCAAAAAUCAACUAAAAAUCCACUUUUUAUGGUUGAUUUUACAAAAGCGUUGUUACUGUUGGAGCAUGCCCUCAGACCCCCUGACAGAUUUCACGCAUUUUUUUGGUUUGUGUACCUGAAUUUUGUCUGUAACUAAAUGUGUGAAACAAGAUCCAACUCUUUUCAGAUUCAGACAAGUAAGUAAAGAAAAAAUGCAAAUGUCCAUCAAUGUCAUUUAGAGGUUGUGAACAGUUUUGGAACUUACAUUAUUGGCUCCUGAAAAGUAAUUGUGAAAAAGGUUUUUGGCAAAGAAGUUUUACUAAAGACAUUUGGUGAAAAUGUGUGGGAACCCCAACCAAACCAAUUAUUUAUUUACCUAUGCUUAUCACCAUAUCACUAAUAUAGCCUGUGAUCUAAUGUCAAACACUUUCAUGUCAUGUGUUAUAUACAAUAUCAGAGAACAAGGCCACAGAGUUUGCAGAUGUUUAUUUUUUAAUGGACAGAUUUUUCAAACAUUUCAAUACAAUCUUAAACUACAAACUGUACAAAAAACACUGUUGAUUGUUCCAUGUUUGGAAUCCUAUUAAAACAUUUAAUAUUUCAACAGAAAACCUAAAAAUUAUAAACAUUUAAGUAUUUUCUCCUCUCUCUUAUUCCUUUAAUCAUUGUGUAACCCUUCCAUCUAGUUGUAAACCAGUUAUUUACAAAAACAGAACUAAGAUGAUCUGAAACAUUGAACUCAAGUGGCUGAUAUCACAGUCAUGUAGAAUGUACAAUGUGAUUUAUAUUUAACAAAUCAGCAAAAAUAUAGACGCUUUCAUUGCUAAGAGAAAAUAUUUAGAAGUGGAAGAACAGUAUUAUGCUUCGUUAUUGUAGACCUUCAUAGUCUGAUAAUGAAGAAAUAUGUUUUAAAUUCUGCUAAUUA